AUGAACUUUUGGAUCUUAUUGAGCGUGAGCUUUGCUGUAGCUCAUUGCUCUUCGUAUGAAUCUCUUGAAACCAGUGACGAAUAUGAUAGACGAGACUCGUCCAGUAAUGAGUAUGAACGGCCAGACUUUCCUUAUUCCCAACAAGAUAUGUAUAGACCAAGACAAGGCUACCCACAAAUACUUCCAUCACCAGAUUAUCCAAGACUGCCUUCUGCGCCUUAUGGUGGACCAUCAGGACUUCAUUACCCACAAUAUGACAACAGCCCAAAACUCAAAACGCUUCGCGGUGACAAAAUUGUAAAAGCCAAAUUGAGAUACUAUACCAGUGGCCCCAACACAUACGUGGUCAUCAGCUGCCCAAGAAACUCAACUCCUGGAGCAUACACAUGGAUUUUGGCCGACUCGAAACGCGGAAGAACACCAUCAUUUGGACACCCGGAAACCGUAACCCUUGCUGGUGGUAUCCAUGUGGAGUACAUUGCCAAAUUAGUAGCUGAUCAGAAAUGGGAAGGCCGAGACUUCACAGAUGACGAGAAGCACAAAUUCCGCCGUGUUGGAUGCACACAUGGACAAACGCAGUCAUUUGUCCAAAACUGA